UACAAGGUACUGUUAGAAAAGCGGAAGCUUAGAGCUUCUCACCUCCACAUCUCAGCCUCUCAGGUUGUGUUUUGAUCGUCGCUUGAAGAGUGGAAGAAUCAGAACACAAUACUGAAGGGAAGAAGGACCUACCAAGCGAUAUAAAGCGAAAGUCACAAGAAGAGGAAGACAACAGUGACAAGUGACAAGCGACAAGCUGACAAUACGAACACAACGUGAACGUCACUGCCCAAGCGUAGCCAUAGGAGGUAUGGUUGAGUCAGCUAAGAGGAACUCAUUCUGUACAACCUGAAGAUAUGCUUCCUUACAAGAUCUGUGUCCAGCAAAUCUUGCAAGAUGUGUGUCUUUACACUGGGCUGACAUCUCCCUCUGAAGGCCAUCCAAUAAUUUUUCAUUACUUUCCUUCUGGUUCUCUAUAAUGGUGUUUUUCUUACAACUCUAUUGUGAAUGUCUGGCCAGCCCAGGUCCCCUUCAGGAUAAGAGGAUAAAAUCCCUAUUUAUUCUCUAAGAUUUUUUCUAUUGUUAAUCCAAAAAGUGUUCUCUAGCCUGAAUUUAUUGAAAGAGCCUUACAGAGGCAUGUCACUACUGCCACUACUACACAAUGAUGGCAGUCAAGAACAGAUAGAGCAUGACUAUGGCUGGACUAGCAGGUGAAAGCGAAAGCAGUGUCUCAUACACUCAGUCUGAGAUUCCUGGAGCUGGCACAGACUUUUUUCAGUGUAAAGAAUGUAAGGAAGUCUUUACUUGCAAGAGCAAGUUGUAUGAACAUGUUCUUGCUGAAUCUUUAAAGACUCCUUAUGAAUGUGAGAAAUGUAAAAGAAAAUUCCAGUUUAAAAAUCAAUUAGAGGAACACAGACUCUGUCAUUGUAAUCCUAAGAGAAAGAUUUAUGGAUGUGAAGAUUGUGGAAAAAUGUUUAGUAAAAAAUGCAAUCUCACAGAGCAUGCAGUGAUUCACACACAGUUGAAAAUGUUGAAGCAGGAAGAGUGUGAAAAUCCUGCUCCUGACACAACCUGCUUGGAACGGCCUGUUAAGCUGGAGUUUUUACCUGAUCAGACCCACUUAGCAAUGACGGUGGAUUCUGUUGAUGUGAUGGUGGAAAUAAAAGAAGAACAAGAGGAGCUUAACUAUGAUGAGUAUGAAGGACACAAGAAUGAAAGCAGCCUGUCACACAGUCAACCUGUGGUUCCUGGUGCUGGCACAGACUUUUUCCAGUGUGAAAAAUGCGAGGAAGUCUUUAUGUGUAAGACCAUGUUGCAUGAACAUAUUCUUGUUCAUUCUGGAGUGACCCCAUAUGAGUGUGAAGUGUGUGAUGAGAGAUUUAUACAUAGACGAGAUUUUUUAAGGCAUAGACUCACUCACUCUGAUCAAAAUAACAUGUGUAAGACAUGUGGAAAAAUAUUUCUAUCAAAAAGCCACCUCCGUGAUCACAUGUCUGUACACACUUUGAAAAAGAAUUUUAAGUGUAAAGAAUGUGGGAAAAUGUUUGGUCGCAAAUCUAAUCUCACAAGACAUACAAAACUCCACACAGGCAAGAAAAUGUUCAGAUGUGCCUGUGGAAAUUCUUUUCCCAGUAAGAACCAUUUGGCCAUUCAUACAAAGGUUCAUUGUGAUAAAGGGCACUUUACAUGUGACAAGUGUGGAGAGCAGUUUGAAACCAAAUCAAGCAUUACUCGACACGUCUUGACUCACUGAUGUAAAGAAGGCUUGAACAGUCACUGUAUAUUUCACCGUAUAAGAUGACACGUGAAUCAUCCUAAAGCAAAAAAACAAAAAGGUGGUCAUCCUUUACUAUAAAUACAAAAAGAAUUAUCUAAAACUUUUGGGCAAAAUAUCAUCUUUGAAGGUUACAAAAUAAAGUACGAAUCUGCUAGCAUUGUAUAUGAAUGGAUAAAGCAGGAGGCUGUGAAAAUGUUACCAGUUUCUUCCAAAGUUGAAGGAGGAACUAUAUACUAGUAAAGGUCUUCAGGGCACAGAGCCACAAGUGCAGCAGCAUAGGGAGGUAAACUGAGCAGAAUAUGAAUCUUUCCAGCUCAUAUACUGAGAAACCUUUGAAGAAUGUCAGUGCAUCUAAUCAAGAGAAACAUGAUGUAUAGGAGAAUAUUAUGACUGACUGCCCCAUAGACACAGGCAGUGCAAGACAAGGAUUUCUUUAUGUUAGGGUGACUUCUUGAAAUACCACACACACACACACACACACACACACACACACACACACACACACACACACACACACACACACACACACACACACACACACACACACACA